UUCGUGGAAAAUUAUCAAAUUCUUAUCAUGUUGGUCGCUAUCUUGAAACGCUCAUUAUGUAAUAAUCAAAGUAAUGCAAUUAUACGGAAUCAUGUUGCAAGCAUAUUCACUACUGCAGAGAAGCGUGUCAAGGAAAUUCGAAUCAAAGAAGAUGAUAAUCAAAUUACAAUUGAGGGCUGUCGCAUCGAAUCAGAUCGUAAAGAUCAAUUGAUUAAAUUGUCGCAUUCAACAUGUGCUUGUCCAUUGUGUCGACUUAAUCUUAAACGAUUAGAAUAUUCGGAUGUAUUGAUAUUAAGCCAAUUUACAGAAUCGAAUGGUCGACUUAUGUCACAACCAGACACUGGGCUUUGCAGUAAUUCAUAUCGAAAAGUCAAAAGCAUGGUCAAUCAAGCACAUUCAGCUAUGUUAUUGCCAAGGCCACCUGAGUACAAAUCCUAUGGACCUUGGGACGAUCUGAAUCAUUACUAUGAAUUCCCUCGAAGAAUACGAGAUCGACCUAAAUCUGUAAUCAAAAAAGAAUAUUGGAAAUGAUUAAUGAUACAAUUGUUUCU